AUGGAGCUCCCCCACCCAGAAACGGCCACCCCUUCCAAUACCGGCCGCAGGCGAGCACCGCCCAUCAGCCCAGAUGUCACUCAAGGUCACGUAGCACAGAUGCAGAAACUCUUCCAAUCAGCAAAAGCUUCGCUCCGCAGAGACAUGGCUUUCGCCGCAUCCCCGACUGGGUCCAUUGGGUCAAGACUGCCUCCAACCAAUACCGACGGUGUUACGAGAGACGACUUAGACAGAUGCAAAGAUUCUGCCAAGACCUGGCGCUAUUCUACUGCACCUGGUAUACUUCUAGGCCUCGAUCGCGACGUCCGAGAACCCGUCCCAGAAGACUCUCCACUUCUACCCGAGACUCAGUCUUCGGCGGAUGAGAUCGAGUUGACCGCCGAACCUUUCAGCAGUGGCUUCAACUCACCUGUCGAUCAUGUGCCAAAUGACCGUAUCCUUGCCAACCUCGGAUCCAGUCCACCCGGCCAGUUCAACUCGCCAGUGGAGGAGGGAAAAGAAAGGCUUCGAUCUCCGAUUCUUACUCCGUCAGGUUCGCUUGAAGGACAGAUGAGUGAGUUGCGGGUGGCAUCAGAUGGUCAGGAGAAGGACCUGGCAAUGGACGAAUCGCCAUUGGUGACUCGCGCGAAAAGAUUGUCAGCUUCGGAGAUCCCCUUGCCCCUUUCAAGGCCAAUGUCAAUGGACAUGGAAGACGACACCAUGCUCACGGAAACGAUGGUAGCCGACACCACGCCAGACGGAGCUAUAUUCCUCUCCGAGCCUGCUAAAGCAGCAGCAGAGUCGGCCAAAGUCAAGCGUGGUAUCCUUAGAAGCCUUUUUCCUCAUCGGCGUGGAAAACAACCCCAAGAGGUUCAUGAAAAGACGGCGGAAUCGCCAGCAUCGGCGAAGGAACCUUCUGACCAUAGAGACACGGCGACGCCUUGUCCCGACCCAAAGCUUCAUGAGCUGUUCUCCCGAACGACAUGUCCUAAUCCAUUAGCGCAUCUAACCCCUCAGAUGCAUUCCAUCCGUCCAGAGUCUCUCACUCCCGACGCAGCGACGACACUUGCUCAAGGCAGCCCUCAUCCGGCAAUGCUGGUCCAAAUGCCGCCAAGCCCAAUGUUCGGUGCUCUACAGCCAUCGAUACCUUCAUACCAACGCGCGAGUUCCACCGGCAGUCCGAUGGCCUUUGCGAGGCUCAAAUCCCCGCCAACAUCUCCUCAUCGAGCACAAUCUCGACAAUCGGCUCGUCCAGAGAUGCAUGUCGGUCCGGCGGCACCACACAUGGCACAAUCAAGGAGUGACUUUCAGACCGCAAAUGAACACUUCCAGCCAGGAUGGUAUUACACCAGAGACCUACCUGCAGCAACGUCUCGACUCAACCCGAUGACAUACUCUUUCUCUACUGCCGCAGCCAAAUCUGUGGGUCAGUCAGCAGCACCGGAUUCACGUAUCCGGGAUGCGUACCGUACCGACACAUUGACACCACUUGCCAAGCCUCCCAGUCGAUACCGCAAAACUGGCAUCGCCGCCAUGGCAAGCGCUCGUGGUGUCAGUAAGUACUAUGGCGACAAUCACAGCAGAAGCAUGCAUCACGCAACAAGAUCCAGCACAAAGCGUCGCCACAGGUCUAGAGUACAGUUUCGUAGCAGCCCACCACCUCAGCCAGCAGACAUGACGGCUGGCUUACACAAGCGGCGGCGUUCAAGAGACGGAGACGAAGCUUUUGACAUUAGAGAGGAUGAUCAGGUUAUGGAACUUGACGAUGACACAAGGGCCGCGAUUCGAAUGAGCCUGUUCGGCUCCGAGACCCCUGAAAUGUUACACGCUCGAGAGAGUCUCCGUGAGCUAAGCCCGAACGUUGUCACGAGCCGAAAAGAUCACCGACAACGAAAGAAACGCAGGCCGAGCUACUGGGACGGUGACCUAAAAGAAGUCCAGAAUAGCCCAGCAGGGCGGGAGGCCAAGGCUGACAUGGCUGCUGUGAGAGGCAGUGUGCGUGAGGGUGCCGAAAGGAAGGUUCUGACAAGCCCGCCCAAAGAAGAGGUUGAGAGUCUCAAGAGCCAACGCGUCGAAAUCGAAGGGAAGGAAAACGUGUCCACAUGCAAUUCGAUGCGCGACGAAGUCAUGUCCUAUACUGUUGGAGACGAUGACAUCUUGACGACUGAGGAUGGUGACGGAACCAUGAUGGCGAUUGAGAUGGACAUGAAUUGA